AUGUUGGACGUGCUGAGGUUGGUGGCGGUUGUUGUGUGGCUACUGCCGCCACUGUCCGCGCGAAACCCGCGCCAGAACGACCAUCUAAUCGUGCAAACGGCGUUAGGCACUCUGAAAGGCGUGGGUCAGUCCUUCAACGGCCAGAACGUGCGAGCGUUCCUUGGCGUUCCGUAUGCCAAAAAACCGACCGGCUCCAGGCGGUUCGCCCUGCCCGAGAUGGUGGGCCCCUGGGAGGGAGAUGCUGGUGCAGGAGCCUUCCAAGACCUGCUACUACACCAUCGACACCAUGUUCCCCCAGUUCCCCGGGGCCGAGAUGUGGAACCCGCCCAACGAGCUGAGCGAGGACUGUCUCACGUUGAAUGUGUGGGUACCUGA